AUGAGAGACAAAAAAGAAAUCGAAGGUAGACUGUGGCAUCAAUUACUGGACUCCAGAGCUGAGCAGUUUCCAGAUACUGAAGCAGUUAUCAUGUAUGACAUGGACUUGAGUCGAUCGACGAUGACGCUUGCUCAAUACAGAGACAGAUCCACGUACCUGGCAGCAUCUCUUCUCGAGCUUGGUUUGUCACGUGGUCAGCGAGUGCUGUUAAUAAGCCAGACAAGUAUUCCAUAUAUGGUGUUUACGAUGGCUCUUUAUCGCAUCGGUGCAAAUGCAAUCCUCCUUGGUCCAGGAAGCCUUACGCAAGACAAAGUAAACUUGUUAAAGGGGCUUAAUUGYAGRAUGAUUGUUUACGAUCCAAAAAUGAAAGAAUCUCAAAGGAAGCAGCUGCUUGAUGGAAUCAGACAACUUACCCAACACAAUGCAGAUAACAAGAUCGAGAAGCAGAUUCUUGCCUCGAUGAGUUCCAUUGCUGAAGAAUUAGGAGAAGGUCAGUGCCACACCUACGAAAGCCUUAUCGUCUCUGGYGAAUCUCUAGACCUGGGAAAACUACGAAAAGUUCAAAGYGAAGUCCAGUUUGAUGACGCCAUCGUUGCCAUGUUCACAUCGGGCAGCACAGGGAGACCAAAAGUAGUUCAGCACACGACGCAUUCGUGUGUGAACUUCUUUCGUCCUGGUCACGUUUCUUCACCCGAGAAACARUGGCAUAUAGGKUAUAUUGAUCGSCCUUUUUCCUGGGUGGGUGGCUACUUUUAUUGCCAGGCAGCAGUUGGCAGGAAUAUCACCACAGUUUUCGUACCAACCGAAAUAGCUCUCUCCAACAAAGGAARCAUCUCCAUCUUCGAGAUCUGGGAGAAAGAAAAAUGUACAUUCUGUGCAAUAACCAUUCCAUUGAUCCACAAAAUGCACAAGGAGAAUUUGCACUUAAAAUACAACUUGAGUCACAUCAAGGUUUUUGUUAUCGGUGGUCAACGCUAUAGUCUAGAUGUUGUAGCAAAACUCUUUUCCAUGUUUCCUUCGUCGAUAAUCAUGCAAGCUUAUGGAACAACAGAGUCACCUAUGAUCACAAAUGRGAUCAUGAAUAAGGAAAGCGCUGUAGAAGGGAACUUUGGCAAAAUGUCAAUMUAUCCGGGAGUUGAAGUAAAGAUUGUUGACGAAGACGGAAAAAUAGUUCCCAUGGGAACAYCUGGAGAAAUAUGUACUCGGAAUUGUAUGGUAUUUUUGCGGUACGUUGGYGACAGUGAAGCGACUAAGCAAGCMAAGUCACCAACAGGCUGGCUUCACACAGGAGAUACAGGACUCAUGUACAGUGAUGGCAAAAUCGAGGUGAUCGGAAGAAAGACAGAWAUUAUCAAAAGAGCAACAGUAAAGAUUUUUCCCGCUGAAAUUGAAAAAGUACUAUGGCAGCAUCCAAACGUGGCAGAUGUUGUGGUAGUUGGUGUUCCCGAUGAGCGGCUUCACGAGGAGAUAUGCGCAUGCGUCGUGCUUAAAGACWYAGAGGAAGGGUCACAUGRCGAGGAAUCAAAGCUUCAAGAKCUUGAAGUUUGGUGCAGAGAACAUUGGCCGCCAGGUCCGGAUGGACUGGGUUUGACACCAAAAUAUUUCCUGGCUGUGAAAGCAUUUCCCUUCUUGACGACCGGCAAAGUUUCUACUCAASARAUCAAGGCURAUGCAGUGGCAAAAUUUGGAAUCAAAAGAGACAGAACAUAAGAACUUUGCUUCAGUUAAUUAAUCUAUAAGAUGUCGUUUAAAUUCUUGUGGUAAUAAAAAAGUACAAAGCUGAAGCAUUAGCAAAACUUAUGCCAAAAGUAAUUUUGGAUGCUCGGAAAAUUGGAUUAUAUAAGUUUAAGCAUGUAUACAAUCAUUUCUCGAGUACGUGAUUAUUUAGUGCCAGCACUUUUAACUAUAAACAGAGAAAACCAUCAAUAUCAGACUCAAAAAGUGAAAUCUUCAACGCUUUUAGACCAAAGCGAAUUCUGGGUAAUUUUAAAAUUACAUAAUUUCACGAAAAUGCAUAGUUUUAUAAGCAUUCCUCGUAAAGAACGAGGUGAUGAUUAUUUAGAAAGUCUUUGGAAAUUGGAACGCCGUUAUGCAUUUUUUCAAUUGUUUAUAACAAUAUACGUUUACAUUUACAAUUUACAUUUACGUUAUAGAGUACAAACACUGAAUAUGUGCAAACUUUCAACCACUUACUACUACUGCAGUGUUAAACAAUAAUAGAAAACAAUAGUAGAGUACAAACUGCUAAAUUAUGCUAAUUCUAUUGUUUUCUAUUUAAAUAACACUAUUUUGUAGUAAAUAGCGGAAAGUGUUGCACAAAUUUAAUGUUUGUACUCUAGCGUAAUUUAGCAGUAUUUAGUGGUCUUUGUGUUUCUACUCUACCUAUAUUAUAUAUUAAAUAUUAAUGACUCAUUUUACCUUCCCAUGCUCGGCCUUUUCAAUGACGAGACGUGUUAUGUUUAUAAUCUUGCUUUUUUGUUUUUAGCACAAUAAUAAAUUCUCUCGAUUUCUGAUUGGUCGAGAGCCGUCAUAAAUGAAAUUACAUACCAUUCACGACUUUUAAAAAUGGCGCGAUAUGUUACGGUCGCCGGCCAAGGCACUCGGGACGAAGCACUUCUAUAACAACGAGGUCUCAAAGCCCUGCCUCCGUAUAGUAAACAUUGAUGGUUCGUUGCAAGAGUCUGGACAUUACCUACAUACGAUCUUCGUAGUGGUUUGGCAGAUGGAAGGCCUUUGAGCCCUUUUUUUUUUUCUUUUUUCUGAAAGUCGUGUAUGAUCGCAAGAUUUUUCUUUUCGUUCUGAGAUUGUCAUCUAAUUGUAUAAUAUUUUUUGUGUAGAAAAAAAAAAUUCUGUUGGUAUGUCCUCUUAAUUAUCGAACACGGUUGAAGCCAUCGAAUCAUAAAAGUUGUUGUUCAAACAUUCAGCAAAAUUCUCAUGUUUCAUCUCCGUCAGUAGCUAUGAUAAUAUUGCAGCUUUACCCGAAACCGUUUUGUCAAUAAAGUGUAUAAUUAACAUGGAGAAGGAGUGUCAUUACAAGUUGAGGAAGAAUAAAAGUUGUUGAAGAUAU